UUUUUUCUCUUCCUUUUCCUCUAAUCCCUCCUCAAUUCCAACAUCCUCCUCACCUCUCCCUUUCACUUUUUACCUCAUACCCCCUAAAAUCCAUCACCAUGGCUGACGAGGUAGGUGCUAACUCUCCUUCUGCGAACUUCCCGGUCUACUCAGUUGCGGCCUAUCUUCGUCCUGCUUGCUCGGUUGGGUUGGGUGUCUUCGGGGCCUCGCAUCUCGAUCGCUGCCCCCCACCCAACCCCCCUCGUUCCUGCAGACAUUGCAUAUUUCGCUACACUCUUGGACCAUCCUCUAUCGUCUUGAUCAUGGGCUAGUUCGCUAAUCUUCACACUCAAUAGCACGAGACCUUCGAGUCCGCCGAUGCCGGCGCCUCGGCCACCUACCCCAUGCAGUGCUCUGCCCUGCGCAAGAACGGUCACGUUGUCAUCAAGGGCCGCCCCUGCAAGAUCGUUGAGAUGUCCACCUCCAAGACUGGCAAGCACGGUCACGCCAAGGUCCACAUCGUUGCCAUCGAUAUCUUCACCCAGAAGAAGCUCGAGGAUCUGUCCCCCUCCACCCACAACAUGGAUGUCCCCAACGUCUACCGCAAGGAAUACCAGCUCCUUGACGUUACUGACGACGACUUCCUUUCCCUGAUGGACGAGGCCGGUAACACCAAGGACGACGUCAAGGUUCCCGAGGGUGAGGUUGGCGACCGUAUCCGCCGCAUGUUCCACGACGAGGAGAAGGACUGCAACGUCACCAUCCUGUCCUCCAUGGGCGAGCAGGUCUGCAUGGAUGUCAAGGAGGCUCCCAAGGGCAACUAAAUUAUUGUGUCUAUG